CCCCCGGGGGACAUCACCCCCUCCCCCGCCUUCCCACCAUCAUAUUGAAGGAGCAUUUUCUGUAAAACAAAACGCCAAUCAGGGCAGUUGCUAUGGAAACUGGGGCGUUACGGCAGCGGAGGAGAGGCAGAGAGAUCAGCUCAGUGUUUCUUCUUCUGUCGGAGAAUCACUUCUGCUCAUCAUCACACAGGAAGGACACGAUCCACACUCAGCUUCCAGGCGUUGAAUCAGCAGUGUGACAUCAUCAUCAACACCUCCAGGAAGUUCACACAGCGUUUAGCUUCACCGUGGAGACGAACCAUGGCGUCGCAGGAUGGAGAGGACAUCCAGCGGGCGGAGAAAGUGUGUUUAAAGAGGAAGUUGACGGGUCCUCCGAGGCUGCUGCUGGGAAAGACCCGCAGCAGGAGCGUGACGGAGGACAGAGCCGGUGCUCACACCAACAGAGACACGACGGAAACUCUGAAACAUCCGGCACCUUCAGAGAGCGCUGCCGCCACCGUGCUGACACACGCUGCCAACAUGGAGGAAGGAGCAGAGAAUGAAGGGAGCGUCAGGGGGCGCUGUGAGGCUGCAGGUGAGGAUGAUGACAUCAGAAACAGGAAGUCCAACAGACGCCGGUGGUGGAGAAGAUUCUCAGCUGCUGUCGUCUGUAACAGGAAGCAGGUGAAGGACCCCAUCACAGGAUCAGCAAAGCAGCAAAGUCCUGCUUCACCGGAGGGGGCGAUGCAGCAAACGGACGCCGCGGUGAUGAAUGACGCAGAAGGAGAAAGUCAGAAAGUCACUGAGAGGAAGAGGAGGGUUACCGUGACGACAUGGAAGACGUUCAGAAGGUUCCUGACUUCGUCCACACGAACUCACGAGCAGAGGAGAGAGUCUGUGGAGAAAGAUGGCGACCAAACGCCGCUGACCAUCCGUGAAAAACUGCAAAAGUUUUUCACCAGAGGGUCAAAGAGCAGAUUGUCAGGUGUUGCCAUGGAAACCGUGGAGGACGUGUCAAAGCGUGAGGACAUGACAAAGUGUGAGGACGUGAAGAAGCGUGAGGACACUCCAUGCUCACCUGGAGCUCAGGUUGACGAACCCAACGAGCUCCGUGGCGAUGUGACUGUUGGGAGUGGGCAGGUCGUCACGGUGACGGCUGAGAUGACUCAGCUGACGGAGGAACAAGCUGCAGAUGAAGAACAGCUGGUUUGUGAUGUCACAGAGGAGGAUGUGACGGACGCUGGAGGGUCUGAAAUGAUCCACGCUGAGGUCGAUGAACGUCCCGCAGACACCGCCGACGCUCCUCCUGAAGAUUUACCUGCAGAGGAAGAUCAGCUGUCAGCCGCCUCCUCAUCAUCACCGCCGCCGCCACGGGCCUCACUUCACUGUGACGAGGAGACGGAUGACAUCACCUCACAUGCCCACCAGACAAACGGACCCUCCAUCCAGAUUGAACUGGUUCCUCCAGAUGAUGUCAGUCAGGAAGAUGAAGAGGAGAUGGCACGCUCUCUGGUCCGAGCCGCCCUGAACGCCGCCGUGGAUCAGCUGACCAGAGAACAGCUGAGCGACUCAGACUGCGUCCUCAGAGAGCCACCGGGCUGCAGAGACCACGCCUGA